AUGCAGGUGCCUUCCGCCUCUGGAGAAUCCGAGGGCAACGCCUGGCUACGUUGUAGCUCCCACGCACACGACUCCACAGAUGCCGACGAUCGCACCCGCCAUGGCUGCUACACCAUCGUCAGCGGCAACCUAUACGUUGAUUGCAGCGCCUCAGUCAAUGGCAGCACCUGUCACGAUAGCGCCGACGCCAAUGGAAGUGCCAACAGCAGCUACAGCAGUACCCAUGACCCCAGAAAUUUCUAUGCCAUUGCCCCCGCCCUUGAAGACAUACAACGUCACCUACCAUCUAUCCCCCAGGGUCCAUGCGAUCGUUCGGCAAAUGGUCCCAUUGUCGCGGCCUUGAUGCUGAACCCUUUGAUUGGUGGACCUCGAGUCCUGCUUGGGCGUGAUCCCGAAACAACGCCCAAAGAGCAAUGGACCCAAAUGCCCAAAGAGCCGCGGGCGUACGCGGCGUACGCAUUCUGGCAUCAAGGACGAAGAUACAUCUGGAAAGCGACUUCGAGAAGUAGUGACAUCCGAGACUUUGAGUAUUACACGCUCUCCGACUCUGACGGGAGAGUGUUGGCGGCGUGCACCACCAGUUUUGAACAAGUAGAUUUCUACGAGGAGCUGGGGAAGGAGUUGGAGCUGAUAUCAUUGUUGGGGAUGCAAGCCAAGCGUCUUCAAGCGAUCUAUAGCUCGGGUGGAUCAGGCGGCGGUUCUGAUAGUGGUGGGCCUGGAGGGGGAGAUUGUGGAGGAGGACAUGGAGGAGGUGGAGGUGAUGGUGGAUGUGGCGGCGGGGGUGGUGAUGGUGGAUGCGGAUCGUGA